GAUUGACUGUCGAGGAGAUUUGCUUUUACUGAAUCUAUUUUUGCGGCAAGCCUCACGAAGCCAUCACAGAACAAUUGAUUGCACGAAAAAAAAACACACAAUCGGGAAGCAGCAACAAUUUAGCAAAGCUACCAAGUCACCCGCCAUGUCUGCCCCGAGGCUAGCCAGCCGGCUGCCGACCGCCGGCAGCUUCCUUCAGCCAUCCAGGACGACCCUGAGGUUACCGAGCAGGACAAGCGCCGCGACGGCAUCCCAAGUCCGAUUCAAGUCAGGGCCUUAUGGCUAUACACAGACCAAGGCAUUGGUGUUUUCCAAAUUCGGUGAGCCCAGCGAUGUCUUGCGGCUACACACCCACUCCAUCUCGCCCUCCCUCCCGUCCCACGCCGUGGUGCUCCGCACGCUCGCGGCCCCGAUCAACCCGGCCGAUGUGAACACGAUCCAGGGCACCUACGGGGCCAAGCCCGACUUCAACUCGCCCGCCAACAUGCAGCUCGGCACGGCGGAGCCCUCGGCGGUCCCCGGAAACGAGGGCUGCUUCGAGGUGGUGUCUGUGGGGUCCGGGGUCAAGAAUCUCAAAAAGGGCGACUGGGCCAUUCCCGCCAGCACGGGCAUGGGCACGUGGCGAACGCACGCGCUGGUGGAGCAGGCGGACCGGGCGCUCCUCCGCGUGCCGGACGGCGACUCGCCGCUGACGCCGAUCCAGGCCGCCAUGGUCAGCGUGAACCCGUCGUCGGCGUACCGCAUGCUGCGCGACUACGUGGACCUGGUGGAGCUGAGCGUACAGGCGUUCCGCAGCGGGACGGGGGCGGACGGCGGCGCCUGGUUCAUCCAGAACGGCGCCAACAGCGGCGUGGGGCGCGCGGCGAUCCAGCUGGGCCGGCUGUGGGGCCUGCGGUCCGUCAACGUGGUGCGCGAGCGCGACACGCCCGAGGCCACGGAGCAGCUCAGGCGCGAGCUGCGCGACCUGGGCGCCACCGUGGUGGUGACCGAGGCGGAGCUGCUGGACCGCGGCUUCCCGGCCCGGCUCAAGGAGGAGCACACGAGGGGCCAGCCGCUGAUGCUGGGCCUCAACUGCGUGGGCGGCAAGUCGGCCACGCAGCUGGCCAGGGUGCUGAGCGAGCAGGGGACGCUGGUGACGUACGGCGCCAUGUCCAAGCAGCCGGUGGCGCUGCCGACGGGCCUGCUCAUCUUCAAGGACCUCCGGUUCCGCGGCUUCUGGCUCAGCCGCUGGGCCGACGGCGACCGCGACGGCAAGAGGCGGACCAUCGAGGAGCUGCUGGGCAUGAUGCGCAAGGGCCAGUUCAGCGACGCGCCCGUGGACGAGGUCAGGUGGGACUGGGACACGGAGGAGGAGACGCUCAAGAAGGCGGUGCAGGGCACGCUCGGGGGCUUCAGGAAGGGCAAGGGAGUGUUUAUGUUUGGUGAGACGUGAAGUGGGGGUUUUCUGGUGAAGGGAAGGAUAAUUUCCUUGUACAUGUCUCUUGUGUAUAUUAUUGUCUAUACCGGCUUUUGGUCGUGCAAAGCAUCUUGUUGGAUUUGAUGCGUGAGUUCAGAGUCGCUGGUAAUUACGUUGAGAGAGAGAGAGAGAGCGCGCGCACGCUACCGGGCUGUCUAGUCCUAUACUCAUGAACACGGGGAGAUGAGUAGUAUGUCAUGCACUCGGGUGUCGGCGACUUUGUUGGCUGUAGAUCCACGACCAUAGCUGGACGACGCAUUUUCUGGAGAUGGGCAAAGAAGCUUGAGCUCAGCGUACAACCGUGGUAAAUGAAAGAUAUCAAAUCGCUUUAUUAUUCAACCAGAACGCUGGAGCUGUCCAAAAAAAGAAAAAAAGAAAAAAAAACAUGACGUGUCCAC